GCGGGUUGCGGGGCGGGGCUUCCGCGGAGUACGCGCCAUCAUCUCCGACCAGACACGGACAGCAACUGGAUACAGGGGCGUGGUUACAAAAAAAAGAAAAAGCGGGACGUUACGCCAGCCCCUCCCAAAAGGGCGGAGCGCAGGAAUAACGACAGACAAGCUCUGGAAAUGUCGAGACUUUUAACCACGCCCCCUCGGAUAUAGUUCCCGCCCGUUGGUUGCUCUUCCUCCCACAUGCCAUUGUGUCCGUGAAGGAGGCGUGGCUCUGAGAGGUAGCGCCUCCAGGUGCGGUGAUUGGCUGAGAGGCUCCUGCGGUUGCGCCCCGUGGGCGUGGUCCUGUCGUGUUGUGACGCAGCUCCGCCCGGCUUGUACUGCUCGGCUCUGGUGAGGGAAGCGCAAAAUGGCGGACGGAGAGCUGAACGUGGACAGUCUGAUCAGCCGCCUUCUGGAGGUGCGAGGAUGUCGCCCAGGAAAGAUUGUGCAGAUGACGGAGGCAGAGGUGCGGGGGCUCUGCAUAAAAUCCAGGGAAAUCUUCCUCAGUCAACCCAUCCUGCUGGAACUGGAGGCUCCUCUCAAGAUCUGCGGUGACAUCCACGGGCAGUACACAGAUUUACUCCGGCUCUUUGAAUAUGGCGGCUUCCCCCCAGAAGCCAACUACCUCUUCCUGGGGGAUUAUGUGGACAGAGGGAAGCAGUCACUGGAAACCAUCUGCCUGCUGCUGGCGUAUAAAAUCAAGUACCCCGAGAACUUCUUUCUGCUCAGAGGAAACCACGAGUGUGCGAGCAUCAACCGCAUUUAUGGCUUCUACGAUGAGUGUAAACGGAGGUUUAACAUAAAGCUGUGGAAGACGUUCACCGACUGCUUCAAUUGCCUGCCGAUCGCCGCCAUCGUGGACGAGAAGAUCUUCUGUUGCCACGGAGGUCUCUCCCCUGAUCUACAGUCUAUGGAACAGAUCCGCAGAAUCAUGAGGCCCACAGAUGUCCCCGACACAGGUUUGCUUUGUGACCUCCUGUGGUCAGAUCCUGAUAAAGACGUGCAGGGCUGGGGCGAGAAUGACCGUGGGGUUUCCUUCACCUUUGGCGCAGAUGUGGUUAGCAAAUUCUUGAAUCGACAUGACCUGGAUCUGAUCUGUCGGGCUCAUCAGGUGGUAGAGGAUGGUUAUGAAUUCUUCGCAAAGCGGCAGCUGGUCACCCUGUUCUCUGCCCCAAAUUACUGCGGGGAGUUUGAUAACGCUGGCGGCAUGAUGAGUGUGGACGAAACCCUGAUGUGCUCCUUCCAGAUCCUGAAACCCUCAGAAAAGAAAGCAAAGUAUCAGUACGGGGGAUUGAACUCAGGACGCCCCGUGACGCCUCCCCGGACAGCCAACCCUCCAAAGAAGAGGUGAAGAGCCUAUCCUACCAACAAGACUACACCAGAUCCUCCAUCAAGACAAACUCCACCUUAUAAUAAGUGUGCACUGUUAACAUCACCCAGCCAUUCUGACCCCCUUUUAAUAAAAUGUCGCACGCGUUUACCUUCACGAGACAGGUAAAAGGAUUCCAGAAAGUUAUUGUCCAAAUCCGCUUCAUACCAAACCUUCCCCCCCC